GUGGCAUACAGCCUUCACAUACUGUUUAGUAAAAUUUGAUCUGAUUGUAGACGCAACCAUAUGUUAAUUUCUUUUUUUAUGGGAAAGUCUUGGUUGAACACAAAGCGAGUGCGAAACGUGGGCUUAUGUAGUGCACACUAUUAAGGAAGUAACGUUAAGUAACGGCAAAUAACGAUUUUAGCCAUCUGGAUCAUCACCAUCUAUUUUGGGACACCAUAACUUUCACUAAAGAUCCUUUUUCAUUAACAGAUGCCAGGCAGCAAGGAGAUGAAGAGAGAAGUUGGUGCUGCUGUGAACUUCCUGAAACGCUUGGCCUUGGAGAGAGGACAUGUUGAUGAAGAUAAGGUCAAAGUGUUCGCUGCUAAACUGCAAGAGCUGUUGUGUGAGAAGUUUCUCAACCACUGGUACCCAGAAAAUCCUAACAAGGGCCAGGCAUACAGAUGCAUCAGGAUAAACAGAAGCACACCAUGUGAUGACUCUGUGCUACAAGCCUGUGAGGAAAGCAAGCUAAUGCCAUCAGAGCUGGGACUUCCCCGUGAGAUAACGUUAUGGAUUGACCCUCUAGAGGUCUCUGCUCGGUCCGGUGAGAACUGCAGACAUUUCACAGUGGCUCGUUUCGGUGAGGAAAAGAGGGAGGAUGAGCUACAAGAUAAGGAGUCUGACUUGCAUCAUGAAAGCUCAGAUUCUGUGAACACGGAAACCUCAGACUACCACUCGGCGACCUCCUCCGAUUGCGGCUCAGAAGAUUCCAGUGAUGCGGAGGAGGAGAAUAAGGAAGAAGAUGUGGGGGGCAUAAAGGAGAAAGUGAAAGAUGAGAAAAGGGGGGAUGACCAGACUUUCGCUAUUGCUAUGAGGCCCAGAGUGAGGGAGCAAAAGCCACGGAAAAUCCCAUCUCAGCCUGCAGGACUUCAGUACUUCUACCACCCAACGGCAGUGUGGUCUCCGUAUAAGAAGAAGAGGCCUGUGUUGCUCACGACUGUGUGCACUCCCCCACCUGCUCCUGUUCUCGGCUACUACGUUUUCCAGAACCCUCCACCUCAGUUCAUCAUCCCUCAUGCCACUCUGCAACCCUGGGGAGCAGUCAAAGGGUAGAUGGCACUAGGAAACGAGUACAAGAUAGUACGAUAUUUUGUUAAGCUUCUAUACAAUUGAAUUGGUUUUAACCCUCAUGUUCUGUUUGUUACUCAGCAAUGAAUAUCCCAGUUUAUAUCAGAAAUCAAUGUAGUAGAAAUAGCAUCAUUUGAAAUACCCAUUUCUAGCAACAAAAUCCCUUCACACAUGAGCACGUGUGCAAAGAGGAGAUUUUUUAAAUAUUGUUUAUAAACUGUACACAUACACGUGUACAUUCUAUUAACUUGUUACUUUUCAGAUGAUCUGAAUAUCGUCUCUGUAGUAUAAAUACAAUGCAGUAUGAUUUAGUAACAUUUAAUGAACUUUUGAAUUAGAACGUGAUUAUGUAGUAGUAAUACCUUUCAUUUCAUAUGAUCUAAACUGACUUAAUGACCGGACCAAACAAUGCUUUUUCUAUGUGUUUUAAGCCGUACCAUUUUAAUCAGGGACCUACAUGGUGCAUAAAUCAUAACUGUAAUGCAACUGUGCAAAGCACAAGGUUAUUUUCCUUAGCUCAUCUCCUUUGGGAUGACAUUUAAUAACGUUACCAAUUUUUUUCAAAUCAGGUAUCUUAUUAAAGACUAAAACAUAACUAGAUGUUUAGAAAAAGACAUUCCUAACGUAAAUGUUUUCUCAGGUAUGUCAGUCUAUUGCCUUUAUUUUUUUGCUUUUAUGCAAGUGAAUCCAAAGAGCUAGGCUUGCACUAAAAAUACUGUGACUUUUGUGCAAUACACUACAAUGUAGUGCUGUAGCUCACAGUUCUCUUCGACAAAAAAUAUUUCUCAGGACAGCCAAAUAAACUGCACUGAAAUAGACCAUGAUGUAAAUGAAUGACAGAUAUUCCUUUAUAGUGGUCUUUGUGUGCAGUGUUUCUUGUGCUAAUUUCUGUCACUCACUUCAGAGCUGGUUGAUGUUGCCAUGUGUUGCCAAAAGCAGUAUAUACUGUGCCCUGCUUAGAACUUUAUUGCUGUAUUUUUUGCUUCUGCUCACAGCAACACUUUACACUAUUGUGCUUUUGUACAGUGCAGAACAUUUCUUAGCUUUAGAAGAAAGCCAUGCUUUUAAAUAAUUAAAUCCUAUGAAAGACAUAUUUUUGCAUUUAAAAAUAGUUCAUUUCUGCAAUUUACUGUUGUAAAUAUCUCUGGACACUGGAAUUGUCAUGUUUUUUUUUUAUUUUAUUUUUUUACUUUUUCUCAUGUAAUUCAUAUGCCUUUUACUGAAACCCUAUUUAUUUCUGUUUAUUAUUCCCUUUACCUACAAAGCAUGUUGAGUAAUGCAAAGCCUGUAAAUAUUAUUUGCUAUCCAUCAUGUAUAUUUUUAUUAAAAUAACUUAUAUAUGA